UUGCCGGCCAAGAGCAUAAGUUUCGGAACAACGGUAGUCAUUAGCCCAUUGGUUUCAUUGCAGGACCAUAUAGUAGAGAGAUGUCAGCAAGCCGGCAUUUCGUGCGUUAAGUGGGAUCCCCGACAGUGCCAUUCCCCUAGCCAGAUUGUCAUCAUCACGCUAGAGUCAGCAGUCAGCAAGACGUUUGGGACGUUUUUAGACCGGUUACAAGGAUUGCAUUUAUUAGAGCGGUUCGUGUUUAACGAGUAUUAUACGCCAUUAGAUAGCACGGCCGAGUUCCGGCCCAAGAUGCGGCAAUUAGGCGAGUUGAUGGAAAGGGAGGUGCAGAUAGUGUAUUUGACGGCAACGUUACCACCUUAUGCCGAGCUAGAGUUUAUGAAUAUUAUGAGGAUCAAGGCCGACGAUGUUUACAUAUUCCGGUCCCCAACUAGCCGUCCCAACAUUGCGUAUUCUAUAGUUGAGUAUGAGGAGGAUGAAUUUGGGAGAAGGGACAUUAUAGCCGCUUGUAGGUUGGUGGAGCAGAAGUUGGAAGAAUACGCCGCCCUAGCGAAGAUUAUUAUAUACAGCAGCAGCAUUAUCACUACACAAGAGGUGAGUAGUGCAUUAGGUUACCAUGCAUAUUACCGAGACGUAGGUGAUACAGCCGUUAAAGAUGAGAUCCGGAAGGCGUGGGAGAGUGCGGAUAGACGGGUUGUAGUUACUACUAAUGCAUUUAGAUUAGGCAUCGACCGGCCGGAUGUUCGUGUUGUGGUUUAUAUUGGGCCGAUUUACUAG